AUGGGGCAGCGGCGGAGGCGAGCGGCGCGGGCAGGGCAAGCCCAGGGGGCGCGCAAGGGGGGCGACGCGGCGGAGUCGGGCUCGAGCUGCGCCGGCUCGGUGCCCGAGCACAUCAGGGAGCUCAAAGUUGACCUGCCAACGGCUGAGUUCCGCGGCCCGGGCGGCGCGGAGCGCCCAGUAGGCGCGGCGGUCGACCUACCACAAAAGGUCGAGCCCCUGCGCGGGGACCGGGGCAACCGCGCGGGUGCGCACGCGCGUUCCGACGGGCAGGGCACGAUCGGUAUGUCGCCGGGCGGCCCGUCGGGCUCAGGCGCGCAGGACUCACCGUCGUCGCGGACCCUGGACACGCACGAGGGUUCAGAGCAGGGCUCGCUCCGCAGUGCUGGGAGCCCGCGCACCGUCAGCGAGCAGGUGCUGGAGUACGCGAGGAGCAUUCCGCUCCUGCACACCCCGGCGCGGCCGCUCCCCCACACGGCGUCGCAGGCCGCGCUGUGCCCUGGGGACACGCCGUUCCUGCCCGAAGCUGCGCGGCACCGCUCGCGGCUGGCGGACGAGCCGCUCGAGGGGCCGCCCGGCGAAGAGGAACACAAGAUGAACAUCCGACAGGAGAUGGAGCACGUCGCUGGCGAGACGGUUCUCCUCCUGGGCUUCGCGGGCCGCCUGCUGUGGCUCCUGGGCAUUGGUUGGCGCUGGGUGGCCUCUCUGUCCCGCCUGCUUGUGUACAGCGCGCUCCUCAUGCCGGGGUUCGCCCAGAUGAUCCUUUUCUACUUUUUCUCCCCGCGCGUGUCCCGCUCGAUCGAAUACGGCCGGAAGCCCCGCCAGCGCUUGGACCUGUACGUGCCCCGUUCGCGCUGGUUCCGCGAGGGGCCGCGGCCCGUGGUGGUCUUCGUCACCGGCGGCGCCUGGAUCAUCGGCUACAAGGCGUGGGGCGCCCUCCUCGCGCGCCGGCUGUCCCAGCGCGGCGUGCUCGUCGCCUCGAUCGACUACCGCAACUACCCGCAGGGCACCGCGGUCGACAUGCUCGAGGACGUCAACACCGCCAUGCGCUGGGUCUUCAAGCGCAUCCACCUCUACGGCGGGGACCCCGAGCAGGUCUUCCUCGCCGGGCAGUCCGCGGGCUCGCACCUGGGCGCGACAGCGGUGGUGCAGCAGGCGCUGCGCGGGGUCGGCGAGGCGCGCGACGGUGCGUGGGACACCACGGGGCUCCGGGAGGCCAUCGCGGUCGACGAGCCGCUCACGCCGCUCAAGCGGCCGCGCGGGGGCGCCGCUGGGCCGCACGACGGUCACGGGGAGCUGUGCUGGCCGCGCUGGCCCGCGGCGCGGCUGCGCGGGUUCGUCGGCGUGUCUGGUCUGUACAACAUCGUGCAGGCCGCGCCGCACCUCCACAAGCGCGGCCUGUACCGGUCGAUGGCGGAUCGCAUCUUCUCCGUGGACGGUCGCACCGAGUUCGCCGCGCUGUCGCCCACGCUGCUCGUGCCGCUGCUCGAAGGCGCCGGCGCGAUGGCUCUCCCGCGCAUUCUGCUUCUGCACGGCGACCGCGACGCGUCGGCGCCGCUGCAGCAGUCCGAGGACUUCGUUGCGCAGCUGCACAAGCUUGGCGCGGACGCCGAACUCAAGGUGUACAAGGGAUGGUCGCACACGUCGCCGCUGAUCGAGGAGCCGAUGCGGGGCGGGACGGACCAGCUCGUCGUCGACCUCCUCACGGAGAUCCUCGGCACGCGCACGGACGACUCGAUGCGGCUCAAGUGGCACGAGCAGUACCAGCAGCUCCCGCUCUGCCCGUCCGUGCUGAUCGACGCCGCCAACUGGGUCUGCCCCUUCUGA